AUGGAAGCGCCACGCGUGAAGCUCAGUCCGAAUCCACGCCAACGGGCGAGCUUCCUUUCGGUGCUAACUUUCUGGUGGACCGUCGACAUGUUUAAGAAAGGUUACAACAGCAAGUUUGAAAUCAACGAUCUGUACACGCCGCUCGACGAGCAUCAAGCGGAUGGUUUAGGUGAUCGGCUGGAAAGACGAUGGAACGAGCAACUCGCUCGAAAGGAUAAAAAUUCACUCUAUCGGCCGUCUUUGGUACGGGCUAUAUUUCGUACCUUCUGGAAGGAAUGGCUUACGCUCUCCGCGUUGGCCCUGCUGGGCGAAGUUAUUCUGCGGCUUUUACAACCCAUCUUUUUCGGCCGACUCUUGCUGUACUUCAGAGCGCAAAGCAACACUUCCCACCAGGAGGCAGUGUAUUACGCGAUCGGUAUGAUCGCUACACGAGGCGUUAUUGUGCUGUGCGACAAUCAGUACGGGAUUCUCACGUGCCUGACGGGUGUGCAAACGAAGAUUGCCGUAUGCAGUGUACUGUACCGGAAGGCGUUGCGUCUCUCACGAACCGCCCUCGGUGAAACAUCCGCCGGGAAGGUGGUGAAUCUACUGUCGAACGACGUGAAUAGGUUCGACAUUGCUUCUUACCUCGUGUGUUUCAUGUGGACAUCGCCCGUCGUUAUGGUGCUGUCGGGCUUGCUGCUUUGGUACGAGAUCGGUUGGUCUGGCGUGAUAGGCAUGGUAGCGAUCGUCAUCAUUACGCCUAUACAGUCCUAUACCGGCACUCUCACGUCACGCUAUCGUCUACGGACGGCACUGAAGACGGACGAACGGAUACGGUUGAUGGACGAAAUCAUUGCUGGCAUCGCAGUGAUCAAGAUGUACGCCUGGGAGCUACCAUUCGCAAAGCUCAUUUCGCAAGCACGCUAUAAGGAACUUCGCGAGGUUUUGAAAAGCGGUUACCUUCGAGCCGUUUAUAUGACAUUUCAGCUUUUCACGACCCGUGCCGCCGUUCUCGGUGUUAUGCUGGCGUUCAUCAUGCUCGGGGAAGACAUUACCGCGGCGAAGGUGUUUGUGGCAACGAGCUACCUUUCGAACGUGGCCUAUACCAUGGCCGGUCUUUUCGGGAGAGGCAUAGCUGAGUUGGGCGAAGCGCGAGUUGCUGUCCGACGUCUGCAAGCAUUUCUCGAGUACGACGAAGUGGAGCCCUCGAAAAUAUGUGCCAGUGAUUCCCACGGUCCAGUGGAGAAUGGUGACCAAGGGGAAACGAAACGUCUGCUUAAUGAAGACGACCUUCCAGCAGAUGGCGUAGCAAUUACGAUGCAAAAUCUAACGGCACGGUGGAGCAGCGGGCCACAAGACUCGAUUGACCGAGCCAACCCAACGCUGGACUGCAUCGAUAUCGAAUUUAAACGAGGACAGCUGAUUGGCAUCGUGGGGCCCGUUGGCGCCGGCAAAAGCUCCAUAUUGCAGGUGCUGCUGAGAGAACUCCCGAUCGAACGAGGAUCACUUCUGAUGGGUCGCCCAUCGUCUAUUGCUUACGCCAGUCAGGAACCAUGGUUGUUCAGCGGGAGUCUUAGACAGAACAUUCUUUUCGGCGAGCCACUCGAACAACACCGCUACCGGCAGGUGCUGAAGGUAUGCGCGCUGCAAACGGACUUGGCACAGUUUCCGGCUGGUGAUAUGACGCUCAUCGGUGAGCGUGGCGUGUCACUGUCGGGAGGACAGAAGGCUCGCGUUUGCUUAGCUCGCGCAGUCUACCGAAUGGCCGAUAUUUACCUUCUGGAUGAUCCACUCAGCGCCGUCGACGCACACGUUGCCAAGCAUCUGUUUGACCUCUGCAUUGCGAAUGGAGGGUUGCUUACACGCCGCAAUCCGGCGGCUACACGAAUCCUGGUAACACAUCAGAUUCAUUUUCUCCAGCAAGCGGAUUGGAUCGUCGUAGUGAAGGAGGGCAAAGUUGUAGCUCAAGGUACGCCACAGGAUUUGCAGCAACGAGGCAUCCAGCUGGAACACAACGACAACGAAGAGUCGGAGAGCACUACACAAAGUGGUCGAACGAUAUCGCAUACCUCAACCAGCUCAACUGCCACAUUCGACAGUGCGGCCUUGGAAGAUCCGACCGAACAGAGCACUGACGGUGAUCAAGCAGCCAAAGAUAGGUUCGAAAAAUCACCACGUGAAAAGCUCCCAGGAUCCGCGGUUUUUCUGCAGUACGCCUCCAGUGCCGGCAGCUGGCUGAUCUUCGUUUCGCUGAUCGCUCUGUUCGCCAUCACACAAAUCGUUGUCAGUGUGGCCGAUUGGUGGGUUUCAUUCUGGACUGCACUCGAGGAACAACGGACGGUAGCCUCUUGGACAGUUAAUGGCAACGCUGCCGCCACACCAGUCAAUUCACCGGCCCUGGCACAGGACACUUGCGUGUACAUCCAUACGGCGCUUGUCGGAACCAUUUUCAUCGUCGCCAUGACACGUGCCUUCGGGUUCUACAAGGCAUGUGCCCGUGCGUCGCAAUCGAUUCACGAUCGGGUCUUUGAGGGAUUUAUUGCGGCAUCUGUGCGCUUCUUCGAAACGAACCCUUCCGGUGCCAUUCUAAACCGCUUCUCGAAGGAUAUGGGAUCAAUGGAUGAGAUGCUGCCGAAAUCGAUCAUGGAUGCAACGCAAACGAUACUCAUGUUUGUUGGCGCCAUGAUGGUGGUGAUGUUUGUUCAGCCAUACUUUAUGCUGCCUGUUCUAUUGCUGCUUGGUGGACUGUUCUUUUCCCGCCGCAUCUACUUGCGUACAUCACGGAACACACGACGCUUGGAGGCAACAACUCGGUCACCGAUUUUCUCCCACAUUGCGGCCACCCUCUCGGGGCUGCCAACGAUUCGCUCCUACGGUGUGCAGAGGCUACUCGUACAAGAGUUCGAUACGCACCAGAACGUCAACACCGGCGCGUGUUUCAUGUUUCAUGCGGGUCGCAUAGCAUUCGGCCUGUUUUUGGACACGAUCUUUUUCCUUCUUCUUUCCUCGGUCACCCUAAGCUACCUGCUCAUCGACAGCGAUGCGAUUGGGGCCAGCGUUGGAUUGGCCAUAUCGCAGAUAAACAGCAUCGGCAGUCAGAUGCAGUUCGGGAUCCGGCAGAGUGCGGAAAUGUUCAACCAUCUGGUAGCGGUAGAGCGACUGUUGGAAUAUCGACAGCUACCUCCGGAGGAAAGCACCAAUGACACCAAGAAGGCAGCUGUAACUACACCCCCGGUGCUUCCUGUUUCCAUAUCAGCCCAAUGGCCCGAGCACGGUGAGAUUGAGUUCCGUAACGUUUUCCUGCGCUAUGCGGAACACGAUGUGGCCGUCCUGCGCCAACUGUCAUUUACCGUGGCGGCACGCGAAAAGGUUGGUAUCGUCGGAAGGACGGGCGCCGGCAAAUCGUCCAUCAUUGUGGCCCUCUUUCGGAUGGCGCUCGUCGAAGGUGACAUACUGAUCGAUGGACUAAACACGGCCGAUAUCACUCUGGAGCGGCUUCGGUCGCACAUAUCGAUCAUCCCGCAAGAUCCGGUCCUGUUUUCGGGAACGCUUCGACGCAAUCUCGAUCCAUUCGAGAACUAUCCAGAUGCGUUGUUAUGGCGAGCGCUGGAUUUGGUCGAGUUGCGCGAACUAGCCAGCGAAUCAUCGGCCGGCUUAGGUUUGCACUCGUUCGUUGCGGCCGGUGGACAGAACUUUAGCGUUGGUCAGCGACAGCUGCUGUGCUUGGCGCGAGCCAUCCUUCGCGGUAAUCGUAUCCUGGUGCUGGACGAAGCAACGGCCAACGUCGAUCCGGAUACCGACCGAUUGAUUCAGCGUGCAAUCCGGGAACAGUUUGCCGACUGCACAGUGCUUACGAUCGCGCAUCGCUUGAACACGAUCAUGGACUACGACCGGGUACUGGUGAUGGACGCCGGGCAAGCGGUAGAGUUUGGAUCGCCCAUCGAGCUGCUGGAACGUCCCGGUGGCAUGUUCCGAGAUAUUGUACUUGCAACCGGAGCGAACGAGGCGGAGAAUCUUCUCAAAAUUGCACAAACCAGACCCACCAAGACCGACCAGGAGAAAGCUAAGAUCGCUUAGCACGUUUGGGCAUCGCAGCGAACGGAUUCGAAAAAAUCUCAGAAAGUGUCUUGAUUAGUUCGUACUUAACUCUACGGUAGACCGUAGCCGUAGCAUCUUUUACGGAGCAAAGAAUAAAGUCGAUGAAAAAGGACAGU